AUGCGCGGUCGCUGUUUCCGGUGCGGCAAGAAGGGCCACCAGGUGGCCAACUGCCCCGAGAGCAAGCCCGUGCGAUGUGGGACAUGCAAGGGCUACGGCCACGACAAGAGCAAGUGCCCGACCGAAGAGGCGGUGCUCGUGGUGGAAGUGCCGGCGGGGGGAACGUCUGCGGACGCCACAGCACUGGACGUGGCAGAAGAAGCGCUGGUGGUCGAGACCAGACGUAGCAGCAUCCAGGUCCUUGAGGACAACCAGGGGGCCAUGGCGUUGGUGCAGAACCCUCUCAGCUCAGGUCGCACGAAACACAUCGACGUGCGGUUUCAUUUCAUCCGCGGAUUGUUUAGGUUGGGGGAAAUUUCGGUCAAGUUUGUCCCGACAACGGAGCAACACGCGGACGUCCUCACCAAGGCCCUUAGCAGGGCCAGUCUGCAGUAUCACCGGCGCAAGCUGAUGAAUUUGCCGGAGUAG